CCGGUUGUUUCCAUCAAAUUUGGUUUCUAAUUUAUUUUAUUCUUUUUUUCUUUAUUUUAUUUUAUGUUUUCCAUCAUCACCCCUUUACCCUUAUACCCGCCCGAUUCGAAUGGGCCACAUAGAUUUCAAGGUCGUCGCCCAAACCAACCACUAAGUGAAGGUCUUAUCCCCUCAUCGAUAGAACUGAACUCAACUCGACCUGUACGACAUUCCUCGAGCAAUCAGAGUCCAAUUAGGCAUAUUAGCUUGCGGUAGUGAGCGCGAAAUUCUCAUAGCUCUCCCUCGGCUGUCACCUCGCACCUCCAAACCCCGCCAAUUAGAGUGCGCCGCCCGAUCUGCGACCGACAGGGACGGGCGACAAAAGACAAAGAAAGACGGGAUUAGACCUGGGAAAAUAACACUUGACCGAGUUAACCUGGUCUCAUCGGGUAUAAUCCAGCAGCGGGGGGAAUUAAAAAAAAUAUUGGUGUGCGCCGUAACCGACGGUCCUGCGCUGGUCCAGUCCAACCCACCACCAGAGCUCAGUCCAGUCUGCUCUGGGCCCUUGGUGCGUUGACUACGGUACCUACGUAAAAAACAGGCCACACUUUACCGUACCUACCUACUCAGAGAAGAUUGGAAACGUGGGGGGAAGGCAACGAUCGCCUGGCUGCUCCUGAUCACUUUUUUUUUCGUUCUUCGAAGCACUCCUCUUGGCCUUGCCGCUUCCGCUGUCUCGUCUUGCCCAUUCAUUUGCUUUUGUCACAAUCGAACAAAAAACGUCUUUGUGCGACCACCGAAACAAUCAUUUGCACCCAACAAACCCCCCGACCCGGUCGCUUGCGACAUAAAGGUCUCCCCAAAUCGUCAUUUCUGAAAAUAAUCCAGCCACAACAAUGAAUCCCACAAUAACAGAGCACGAUUUCCGAUUUCCCCGCCGACCCGCGGCGCCAGGCCGCGAUCCCGGCUCCGACUCGAGUGACGAUCCGUUGCCGGCCUCGCUCCGCGAACUCAACUCGGACCGUCAGUCGGCAUUCAAUGACGCUCAGAAUAAACUGGCCAGGACAGAGGCAUUUGAGGAUCUGAGGAACGGCAUGGCUCGCGUCAAGGACACUCCGGAGCUCUUGCAAGAGCAGGACCCCCUCGCCGCCCAAGUAUGGCGCUUUUUCAGCAAAACCAAGACCAUGUUGCCGAACCAAGAGCGCAUGGAGAACUUGACAUGGCGCAUGAUGCACGUCAAUCUGCGCAAGCGACAGCAGGAGGAAUCCGCGAGGUUAUCCUCUCCAACACCAAAGCCUAAUGCGCCGAGUGGUAUAGCGCAGCAACUCCGUCAGACACCUACACAGAAGAAGAGUUCAACGGGGGAGAUGAGCCUAGACGACUUUAUAGACUCCAGCCACGGCUCGGCAUCUUCGGGCCUUGCUGCGACCACGCCGGAAGCCGGCAAACCCGACAGCGCCUCCACUAAUGCUAUUUCCUCAGCUAUUCCAAUUAAUAAGUCUCGCAAGAACGAGGUAGCUACUCAGUCACAGUUCAACCCUCAGUCGGUGCCUGCUGCCGCCCAGCGUGGCAGGAUGGACAACGAGUUUGGGUAUCUCAAACGACAUCACAGGAAGACUAGCAUUGACGACAGAAGGACAACCCGCAAACGACCGAGAGGCUGCUCUCCCUUCCAGGUUCCUUCUAUUGUCACUGACACUUUGUCCAACGAUCUGGACGCCGAUAAUGGAUUUAAUGACUACACACUUGAUUCAACCAACGGCAUCAAUGUCAGCCAACCGAUGACGACCAACGGCCGAAGCCCAUUCACUAUCGAUGCUUUCAACGUGCCAAACGAACCGAUGAUCCAUUCUGCUGGCCCGUAUCAGCAGAACUUUUCCUUCUCACCAUCAACGUCACCUAUGGCAUCCAACGGGUUCCCUCAGCACAUGUUCAAUGGACAAUCCAUGACGAACUCACUGGCCAACCCAGACCUAUACUCACCCCCUGGGUCUGCCUACCAAUCUCAAGUGUCUACACCUCACCCCAUGAAUGAAAACGGAGAGGGCUCUUUCUUCUUCGGAAAUGGUAUGGAUGUUCGUCAUCAACGGUCUCAUUCUUUCAGGCAGCCAUCGGCUGCCCAGAAUAUGCAGACGCAGCCGUUCUCAUAUAAUACAAAUGGAGGAGGAUUCUUUCCACAAUCAAUGGCCAGUAAUGGUAUGUCUUCGUCAUAUGCCACGUCAGGCAAUACUUUUGGGCAUAUCGACCCCGCACAGGUCUUCCAGAACGAGCAGGCUGCGCAAUCUCCAGGCUUCAACAUGAUGCAGGAGAACAAUGCGUUCAACUUUGGCGGGCACUCGGACGACGAGGAGGAUGGCGGUGUUUUUGCAGACCGGAAUCUGGCGCUUGCCAGUGAAUUCUCUCCAGGAGCCAUGGACGAGCCUGCGGUUGACUUCGGUAGUACCAACCCCAUGGGCUGGGACGCUACUCUACCUGGCAACUUUAGCACGCAGGCAGCUCGGUAUCCGGCAGGUCCCCCUCGCAGGCAGAACACCAUUGGCGGGAUACCAUCAGAGUUUGGCGAAAAGAAUGGGGACUACGCCGAGGGUGGAUUGGCCCGUUCCCAGUCUCAAUCGUUUCACGGCAACCAGGCCGACUCUCGCCGUAGGAUCCCGCGCAACGCUUCAACGACGGCUAUCCCGCACAGCCAGAUGCAAUACGAACAGCAAGGUGCGCAAGGCAACACCAACUCACCUCCCGCCGAUAUGGCCAAUGGUCACACUUCGGGCUUCUCGUCCGUUGUCCACAGCCGGCCAUCUUCCCCGCCGCCAGGCUCGAAAAAUGGCUCGGCGACAAACUUGCAACAGCAGGGCAAUAACCAGGGCGGAGAUGCACCUACCACGUGUACCAACUGUGCAACUCAAACAACUCCGCUGUGGCGUCGAAACCCUGAGGGUCAGCCCCUCUGUAAUGCCUGCGGUCUUUUCUUGAAGCUCCAUGGUGUGGUCAGACCCUUGAGUUUGAAGACGGAUGUUAUCAAGAAGCGAAACCGCGGUUCUGGAUCCAACGUUCCUGGAACUACUUCGGGUUCGAGAUCGAAGAAGGGAGCGGCCUCAACAGCUGCCUCGGGAACGAACACCAGGAAGAACUCUUCACUGGCCAUCUCUCGGACAGCAUCGACGACUAAUGUCCAGGUUGCGCCUACCCCAGCCAUUGCACCUGCAGCAUCCCAGAGCAGAGCGGGAAGCGCCAAUGAGGGCGAGAGCCCCAUGUCUGGGGGUGGAAACACGGCCGGCAGCACACCGACAAGUCACAACAGCGGUGGAUCGGUGGCUGUCGGCGGCAAAGGUGUGGUGCCUAUAGCAGCUGCACCCCCUAAGAAUAUGCCUGGGCCCGGAGCUGCGGCAGCCGCGAGAACGGUUGCCCUCGGACCCAAGAGGCAGCGUCGACACAGCAAGGCGUCGACGGCCAACGCUAGCCUCAUCGGCAUGAACAACGCCAACCAUAGCGACGCUAUGGAGGUCGACAGCCCUGAAAAUUCGACCGGCUCGAACGAGGCUGCCACUAGGCCAAGUGGAUUCGGCACCACGGCUACGUCGGCGUCAUUCGCCGGAUUGACAUCCAACUCAUUCGGCAUGUCGGCGUCGACGCGAUCCAUGAUCACUCCUGGGAUGCUGGGAGGUGGCAUGUCGACAAGCGCACUUUCGUCGACUGGCGGGCUCCUGUCUUCGGGCUCAGCUGCUACUGCUGUGCCCCAGGAGUGGGAUUGGUUGACCAUGAGUCUGUAAAGUUUUCCCUGAAAGAACAGGGAAGAAGCAGCUCAAGCCUUUUCCGUCACUCACAAAGUUUCAACGGUGACCUUGGCCAUACACACGGAUUCUUUUGUCCUCUUCAUUUAUUUACAUUUGCGCUCUCCGCGUAUAUAGAAGGUGACUUCUUUUUUUGGAUUUGUGCGACUUCUGAGCAUCCUAUGGGUCAGUAUUUCUUUUUUGGUUCUUUUGAUCAUCAGUUUUUGAUACCUAUCACGAGAUAUCCUUGGCGGUUUUUGUCUAUUUUCUGGGGGGUUUAUCGACAAGGAGAGGAUCAGGCGGGAUGCCUUGUUGUGUUCUCCCGCAUGAUUUGUUUAUAUAAUGACUCUCUUUGUGUCCUUUAUCCCUCUCCUUUUCUGGGAUCUAUCUGUUACGAGGCUGGGCGGGUUGUCUGUUUUUAUUUGUCUUUGGGCAGCGUUUGAUACCACUUUCUGAGCUCUGUACGACGUUAUCGUGAAAGGCAUGCAACAAGCACUUUUAUUCAGUUGAUGCCCUAUAAUUUACAACAUAUAUACUUCAAGAGGUUUCCAUGAUUCUGCAGGAUUGUUUUUAAAUUUGAUAUGGUUAAACUUGACCCUGGUGGUAGAUAGAGCAAGC